AUGACCACCGCCGGUUCCCCACCGCCGCCGGCCCCGGUCACCGUCACCACCGCCGGUUCCCCCACGCCGCCGGCCCCGGUCACAUCCGCUGCGCCGACAACCGCGGUUUUCACGCCGGAAGAAGUCACCAGCAUCUUGCGGGAUCUCGUGACGGCCGUCCAGGGCAUCCAUCUGUACCUGGCCGGGCCGCCCACACCUCCGCCGGCUGCGACUACCGCCGCCUACGGCCACCCCGCGCUGCCGUGGCCGUCCCAGGGCGCACCUGCAAUGGGCGGGCCACCGCUACCGCCGUUCCAGGCGGGGCACCCCAGCGGGCCGCCUCCGCCGCUGCUGCACCUGCCCUUGUACUCGGUACCCGCGGCGAUCGCCGGGGCCCAUCCGUCAUUCCAGCCGCUGCCCGCCCCAGUGCCGUCCUGGCCACAGUGGCCGACGCCGAUUAUCGCGGCGCCAUCCGCGCCCGCCCCAGCGCCGCAGUGGCCGCACUGGCCCACGCGGGCCCCAACCGCGCCGCCCGCGUCGGUCCAGCUUCCACCGCUGCCGCCCAGCUCCGGACUGGGCCAGUCCACACCGGGAGGCCUCCCGAUCCAGCAGGUCCGGUUUCCGCCGUCGCCGUCCUAG